GAAUAUCUCUGUGGUUAACAGAUUGAUAGUAUUAUGUCAACUAGGACGGCCAAUGAGAAUGAAGCCAGCAGGAGGUUGAAAUCAGAAUUUCUAAUCCAGUUCGAUGGGGUUACAUCUAGUUCAGAUGAUUUGGUAAUUGUCAUCGGUGCAACAAAUAAGCCACAGGAAUUGGAUGAUGCAGUUCUCAGGAGAUUGGUGAAGAGAAUAUAUAUUCCUUUGCCAGAUGCUGGUGUUAGAAGACAGCUCCUAAAGCACAGACUAAAGGGACAACAAUUCUCUUUGCCUGAUGGAGAUCUAGCAAAACUUGUAAAAGAGACAGAAGGGUAUUCUGGAAGCGAUCUUCAAGCGUUGUGUGAGGAAGCCGCAAUGAUGCCAAUCAGAGAGCUUGGUUCGAACAUUCUCACAGUGAAGGCAAAUCAGGUACGAGGUCUGAGAUAUGCUGACUUUCAGAAGGCCAUGACUGUGAUCAGGCCUAGUCUGCAAAAAAGCAAGUGGGAAGAGCUCGAGCAGUGGAAUAGAGAGUUUGGCGCAAACUAAGAGGUUACAUAUGCAUGAGAUGACUGCAAUUUAGAUUUGGGAGAUGCACAAGAGGAAAGACUAGCAAUGAAAAGAACUUCAUAUAGUAUAAUUUGUAACCUCCUCAUUCCAUUUAAAUAUGAAUAUUAUUUGCUCAAAGCCUCAAAAUGGAUAUGUACAUAUGCAUUUACAAUCAUUCAAUCUCUCAAUGUUUCCAACCUUAA